UCCGGGUCCGGGUCUGCGCCGCCGCCUCCGGGCGAGCAGAGCGCUGGCCCCAGCUGGCGGGUGCAUGUGGGGGCGCGCGGCUUGGAGGCGCUGCCCGCGGGGGCUGCGGCGCAGCCGCGAGGCGCUGCUGACGCUGCUGGCCUUGCUAGCGUUGGCCGGGCUGGGCUCUGUGCUGCGGGAGCGGCGCGGGGCCAGGGCGGCUGAGCCAGGACCCCUGCGCACCCCGCGCCUGGGGCGGCGCGACCCGGUCCUGCCGCGGCCGCCGGUACCCGGCGACGCUCUGGGCGCGCGGGGCGAGGCGGUGCAGCUGCAGCUGCAGGACGAGGAGCUGCGGCUGCAGGAGGAGAGCGUGCAGCUGCACCAGAUCAACAUCUACCUUAGCGACCGCAUCUCGCUGCACCGCCGCCUGCCCGAGCGCUGGAACCCGCUGUGCAAAGAGAAGAAAUAUGAUUAUGAUAAUCUGCCCACGACAUCUGUUGUCAUAGCGUUUUAUAACGAAGCCUGGUCGACCCUCCUCCGGACAGUUUACAGUGUCCUCGAGACGUCCCCAGACAUCCUGCUAGAAGAAGUCAUCCUUGUAGAUGACUACAGUGAUAGAGAACACCUGAAGGAGCGCUUGGCUGAUGAGCUGUCUGGGCUGCCCAAGGUGCGUCUGAUCCGCGCCAACAAGAGGGAAGGCCUGGUGCGAGCCCGGCUUCUGGGCGCUUCCGCGGCAAAAGGUGAAGUGCUGACCUUCCUGGACUGCCACUGUGAGUGCCACGAGGGGUGGCUCGAGCCACUGCUGCAGAGGAUCCACGAAGAGGAGUCGGCAGUGGUGUGCCCUGUGAUCGAUGUGAUCGACUGGAACACGUUUGAGUACCUGGGCAACUCCGGGGAGCCUCAGAUCGGUGGCUUCGACUGGAGGCUGGUGUUCACUUGGCACAUGGUCCCCGAGAGGGAGAGGAUGCGGAUGCAGUCCCCCAUUGAUGUCAUCAGGUCUCCAACAAUGGCUGGAGGGCUGUUUGCUGUGAGUAAGAAAUAUUUUGAAUAUCUGGGGUCUUAUGAUGCAGGAAUGGAAGUUUGGGGCGGAGAAAACCUCGAAUUCUCCUUUAGGAUCUGGCAGUGCGGCGGGACCCUGGAGACACAUCCCUGCUCUCACGUUGGCCACGUUUUCCCCAAGCAAGCUCCCUACUCCCGCAACAAGGCUCUGGCCAACAGUGUCCGAGCCGCCGAAGUGUGGAUGGAUGAAUAUAAAGAGCUCUACUACCAUCGCAACCCGCAUGCCCGCUUGGAACCCUUUGGGGAUGUGACCGAGAGGAAGCAGCUCCGUGCAAAGCUCCAGUGUAAGGACUUCAGGUGGUUCUUGGAGAACGUGUACCCAGAACUGCAUGUGCCUGAAGACAGGCCUGGCUUCUUUGGGAUGCUCCAGAACAAAGGACUGAAAGAUUACUGCUUUGAUUAUAACCCUCCCAGUGAAAACCAAAUCGUAGGACACCAGGUCCUUCUAUACCUCUGUCACGGAAUGGGUCAGAACCAGUUUUUCGAGUACACGUCCCAGAAGGAAAUACGCUAUAACACCCACCAGCCAGAGGCCUGCAUCACUGUGGAGGCAGGAACGGACACCCUUGUCAUGCAUCUCUGCCAGGAAACUGCCCCAGAGAAUCAGAAGUUCAUCUUGCAGGAGAACAGGUAUGUCACUCGUUCUGCCCAUUUGCUCCUCAGCCACGAUGAAGUUCCCUGGGGGUGUACAGCUUAUGACAGAGACAGGUGGAGGGGGAAAAAAACUCCAGGACUGGGGGAGAGGCUUUCUGAGUUAACCCAGCAACAGUUGAGAAAAAGAAGAGAAGGCGUUAAAGAGGACCAUGAUCUUUGGGGUUGGGGAAAUGGGCACGGUCCCACAGAAUCCGUGGCCUCGCUGGUGACUUCCCCUCACCCAGCUGUUCUCUGGUCGACCUGGGACUACAGCCAAGUUUCCUGAGUCUGCAUUUAAAAACCUAAAAGAAAGAGACCACCAGGGAUGUAAUUAGUUGACCUGAGGGAAGUGAAAGAGGAUAAUAAGGGAUCUUUGAUCCUGAUUUCCCUGAACGGAAAGAAGAGCAGUAGGGAGGAGACGUGGAGUCUGACAGAUCCCCAGAGUGGCCAGCAGGUGGCACCGCCGGCCCUGACAGUGGAGUUGGGGACCCUGGAGCUGAGCUUCCGGCGACUGGGGAGCCUACCACACCUGCACACGCCUGGCCCUCCCUAUGUACGUGUGGUCCCGAGUCACCUUAGUACAGAGCAGACACUUAGCUCUCACUAAAUGCUUCUGCCGUGAUAAAAAUCACCUGAGCUCUUAAGAACACAUUGUAAGGAAAAAGAUAUUUUCUGGGGAAUUAUUUGCAUUUCUCUUAAAU